AUGAUUGAAGACUAUAUACUAUUCGAAUUUCUAGGGCUAAGAACUUACCCUAAGCAAUGUUGGAUAAAUUUCACACCUGAGGUUAAAAAAAUGCAAAAGAAUGGUUCAUUUAAAAGGACUGUGAUCGAGAAUGGAUGCGCCGUAUAUGAUAAAGAAAUGCUGGCAAUUAUUAAACAGGAUGAUGAUGGUGAUAGUCGUUUCGCCAGUUGGACAAAAAUUGCUAUACCGAUCUCCAAAAACUUAAUCGCUUUUUCAGUAAACGGGUCAAAUAAAAACGGGCAGUAUGGUAAUAUUACAGUAUCAUGCGAAAUUUUCAUAUGUAGUGGCAAUAUGUUGGCAACAUUCCAGAAUGUACCAUUGGGUGACCAUCAGAUACCUGAUUGGCUUAUAUUAUAUGACAGUUCAACUCAAUAUGUGGAGCUAGAGGGAAGCAUUACUGUGGUAACGAGCAAUAAUAGCGACUCCGAUAGCGUCUCAUUGCCGUCAAAUUAUUUGUUCAUAGAAGCUGAAAAUGUUUCACCAGCCGAAGAAGUGCAAAGUGGUUUAAAGACAGAAGAAAAUGUCGUUCAACAACAAGUUGUUUGUCCUAUAUCAGAAGGAAUUCCUAUCUACGCAGUCAUUUUUAUUUCCAUUCUUUCAUUCGCUUUUGGACUCAUCUUCGUUGCAUCGCUUUGGAUCAUUCAUAAUAAGACUGAUCCGCUUCGCAAAAUAAGGUGUAUGGAACCUUCUCGUGCAGCGGCAUUAGCGAGCGUUUAUCGUGAUCCAAUCGUUCGAUCUACCAAUUCAACGGCAUUUAUGGCUGUGCCAGUCAACGAAAGGCAACGACUUGUUAUUGAUAUGCCAUAA